AUGGAUGACCAAAGCUCUGGAUCGGUCAGAAUCGAGAAGCUGACCGCAUCUAACUUUUACAUCUGGAAGCAGAAAAUCGAGCUACUGCUUGCUCUCCGAGAUGUCGAUCAAUACGUUUUAGAUGAUAUCCCGGAGAAUGCGACGUCAGAUGACCGGAGAAAAUGGAUCCGUGGUGACGCAAAAGCAAAGGCAGUCAUCGGACUCACGCUUUCUGAUGACUACUUGCACCAUGUGCGAGAGUGUAGCAGUGCGAAAGAGACAUGGGAAGCAAUUCUGAAUGUGUUUGAGCGUCAUACUUUGCUCAACAAACUUGCCGCGCGUCGCGACUUUCACACGGUAUCCAUGCUCCCAUCCGAGAAAGUGCUCGUGUUCAUCAAUCGUGUGAAGCAACUUGCUGCCAGAUUGCAGUCAAUGAGUGUUGAGAUUGACGAUAAAGAAAUUGCAAUGGCUGUGUUGAAUGGCUUGCCUCCACGAUUCGAUAACCUGAUUGUUGCUCUUGACGCACUUGGCAAUGAAGAUAAAGUGUUUGGACUCGAGUUUGUGAAGAGUCGUCUGCUGCAAGAAGAACAACGAGAAAGCAUGAAGACCGCUUCUGCUUCAUCACCACAUGCACCUGCACUUGUCAAUCGUAUGCCUAUUCGACGCGAUAUGAAAUGUACGAAUUGCAACAGACAUGGGCAUACUGCAGCGCAUUGCUGGGGCAAGGACGUGAAUGGGCGCCGACCUGCGCCGCCAGAUGGGUUUCGGUCACGCAACACUGCCUUGAAGCCAAAAAACAGGGCUGCAAACGCAAGGUCAUGGCUUGUCGAUUCCGGUUGCAGCGCUCACAUUACGUUUGAUCGCUCUUUGUUCGUUACGUAUGAACAGAUGCAAUCUGGAUCAGUCGAGAUGGGCACGAAGGCUAGAGCUAAUGUCGCUGGUCGCGGCGAGGUAGAACUCAUGUUGAACGUCAACGGUAGUCCACAUCCUUGCAAAUUGUCAAACGUUUUGCAUGUCCCUGAUUUCGGAUACUCGCUACUGUCUGUUACCCAAAUGGUUUCAAAGGGUUUGCAAGUGUCAUUUGAAAAUGAGAAAUACCGCGUUACUACAGGACCAACUGUAGUUGCCACAGCGAGUCAAGUUGGGGAUUUGUACAUACUUGACGUCAUGAAUGAAACCUUUUCUUCUCACGUAGUUACCAUGCAGACGCUACAUGAACGCAUGGCCCAUGUUAAUGUACAAGGAAUCGCAUCAAUGAUUCACAAUAAUGUGGUAAGUGGCAUCAACGUUCGUCAAAGCGAUCGAUCAUCGUCUCGAGCACAGAACUGUCUUGACUUGGUACAUUCUGACGUUUGCGGUCCGCUCGAAGUACAGUCCAUUGGUGGUUCGAGAUGCUUCAUUACAUUUGUAGAUGAUCACUCCAACUGGGUAGUUGUGUACACGAUGAGAUAUAAAUCUGAGGCGUUUGCAAAAUACAAGUUGUAUGAAAAGUUGGCUCAAACCCACACUGGUCGCAAAGUAAAGGUGCUUCGCACUGAUCGAGGGGGAGAGUACUUGUCGACGGAAUUCAAGUCGCAUCUAGAUUUAAACGGUACGCAGCACCAACUCACAACGGCGUACACCCCUGAACAAAACGGUGUUGCUGAACGUUUAAAUCGAACUUUGAUUGAUCUCGUCCACUCAAUGCUUUCUCAUAAACAGGUCAGUAAGCGAUUCUGGGCCGAGGCUCUUGCCACUUCGGUAUAUGUACGUAAUCGAGUUACUUCACGCACUUUGCCCGUUAAUGCAACUCCGCACCACAUUUGGAUGAAUUCCACUCCAAAUGUUGGCCAUUUGCGAGUAUUUGGGUCAAAGUGUUGGUAUACAUUACCAAAAUUAGAGCUCCGUAAGCUGGACUUGCGAGCGCGUGAAGCGAUGUUUCUUGGGUACUCGCAAUGCAGUAAGGCAUACAAACUUUGGGACGGAGAGUUGAAUAAAAUUGUUGUGUCACGGGAUGUCAAGUUUGAUGAAUCGACAUGUGGUAUACAUGACAUUCCUGCACACGAAAGUGAUUCCAUCAACUCUGAUGUUGACGAUGAAGUUUCGGAGGAGGUUCUUGAAAACGAUGGCGCUCAUUCUGUAAGUGAGAAUGAUGAAGAUGAAGAUGAUGUACCAACUGCCGUCGAAAAUCCGAAUGUCACCCCUCCAACUCCGAUUCCAGCUGUGCGAAGAUCGUCUCGAGUCAGCAGACCUCCCGGAUCAUGGUGGAGGAGCAACUUUGCAGCUGCUCUUCUUUCACAUGCGCAUGUCGCUAUUGAAGGUCGCAACACUUUCAAACAGGCAACCAACGGUCCUAGAGCUGCAUUUUGGCAGACCGGCAUUGACAAAGAACUUGCCUCGCAGACCAAGAAUCGGACUUGGAAACUUGUUCCUCCAUCUGAGGUGUCAAACAUCUUGACAUCUCGAUGGGUUUUCAAUGUCAAGCAACUGCCUGAUGCAAAUGGCAAUAUAGUUGAAAGUGCAAAAGCCAGACUUGUUGCUCGUGGAUUCCAGCAAGUGCAAGGUCUUGACUAUACUGAGACAUAUGCCCCUGUCAUAAAGUUUACCACUAUUCGUCUACUUCUUGCUUUAGUUGCUCAUUAUGAUCUCGAACUUCAUCAGAUGGAUGUCGUCACUGCGUUUUUGAACGGCGACUUGGAUGAAGACAUCUACAUGGAGCAACCCGAAGGGUGCAUUGACAAAAGCAAAAGUGAUCACGUGUGCAAACUUUUGAAAGCACUUUACGAUCUUAAACAAGCACAUCGUCAAUGGCAUGCCAAAGUGAAUGAUUUCUUAAUUGGUGAAUUGGGAUUCGAGACUUCGCGUAGUGAUCCUUGUCUCUUCAUUAAACGCAUCGGUAACACUAUCAUGCUGAUUGCACUUUAUGUCGAUGACUUGUUACUCGCCGGUAGUGAUAUCGAUGCUAUCAAAUGGAUGAAGGGGGAGCUUAAUAAACGGUUUGAGAUGAAAGACCUUGGUAAAGCAAAAGUCUGCAUUGGUCUUGAAAUUGAAAGGGAUCGCAGCGCCAAGACGUUGAUGGGAUCCCUGAUGUACUUGAUGGUUGGCACUCGUCCAGACUUGGCAUAUGCGAUUGGAAAGCUUUCUCAACAUUCUGCCAACCCAUGUGAGUCACACUGGGCAGGUGUGAAACGGGUAAUGCGAUACGUGCAAGGGACUCGAAACUUAGGAAUCGUGUUUGACAAUAAAUCUAAAUCGCCAGAGUUGUUCGGCUUCAGUGAUGCUGACUGGGCCGGUUGUUCAGACUCUCGCAAGUCGACCAGCGGAUAUGUUUUCAAGUUCUGCGGUGGAGCGAUCAGUUGGAGUUCCCGGAAACAGACUGUGGUUGCAACUUCGACGUGGACUAUUUCGUAUGCAGAGAAUGAAUCGGUCAACCGUCGUAACAAACAUGUUGAUGUGAAAUACCACUAUGUACGAGAUGCAAUUAAGAGAAACGUCAUUUCUUUGUCGCAUUGCCCGACCACUUCCAUGCCUGCAGAUAUCCUGACGAAAGCACUUGGGCGAGUUCUGUUCCAGAAGUUUGUAGAACUUCUAGGGCUUGCAGUAGCUACUUCUGAUAAAAGCAUGUGA